UUCGCAGGUGAGCAAGUUUAUUGUUUUCCAAAAUCUGUUCCUAAAUGCAAAAUGUCUACACAUACAUUAUAUCGACGAUAUUUAGAGAUCAUUCAACAUUGGCCAUUGGAUCCAAAUAAGUUAUCUCGUGAUCUUGGUGUUCAUAUUCGUGCUCGAAUCGGUAAACAUUUUCCUAAAGGUGAACUUAGUCCGAUUGAUUCAACAUCGAUUCCAACGUUACGUGAUGAACUUAAUGCAUUGGAACGUUUGACGAAAAAUGUUAACCGUGAUUCACAUCGAUAUAAAGAAUGCUCAACAGUUUCUGGCAUGACAGCCGAACAAUUAGCUCGUGUAACAUCUACUGAAACAAUCCAAUCUAUGAAUGAAUUCUAUGAUUCUGGAAUAGUUAAUACAUUGAAAUAUCGAUUCUUUUCCAUGUUCAAGAAAUAAAUUUUAUUUUUGUUUCAUCAUGUUUGAAUUGUUAAAAGAAGGUCCAUACGUUUGUAUCCAUUGUGGCUAUCCGGACAACAAA